UCAUGCUGCUGCCAGGUCCAGAGUCUCUCAUGGGUCCCUGUACGGCCUCCCAUUGCUGCUGUCUCCAUCGCCACACUCUGCCAUGUGCCACUUUCAGGUCUCCUCACACUGCUGGUGUAUUCCAUUUUUUGUCAUAGGGUGCUGGCAGAUUACGGGCCUCCCAUAGCUGCUGCCAGGCCCCUAAUCUGCCAUGGGCCCCUAUAUACCGCCUCCUCAUGCUGCUGCCAGGUCCAGAGUCUGUCAUGGGUCCCUGUACGGCCUCCCAUUGCUGCUGUCUCCAUCGCCACACUCUGCCAUGUGCCACUUUCAGGUCUCCUCACACUGCUGGUGGGUUCCAUUUUUUGU